AUAUACCAGCAGGAGGCGACAUUGCAACCCACCUGAACAGAGGACGCCGCCAAUUAGUGGCCAUCUUGGGGAACUGCACUUCCGCCACACCAGCUCUGUAUUCAAAUGCACCCCUUGCUUGGUCUGGUGCAUCGCCAUCCUUGGUUGGCGAAUGUUGUUGCCUACGGCACACUGUUUUCAGCCGCAGAUGCAGCCCAGCAGAGGUUGGCUAAGCCGAGCCAGGAUCCCUGCAGACACGACGCGUUGGAUCUGAAGCAGACGGCAAAAGUGGCGCUGGUCGGGUUCACAUUCCACGCCAACUUCAAUUACGUCUGGUUCCGGAGCCUGGAGCGCCUUCUUCCAGGAGUGAAGGUGACCACGGUGAUAGCAAAGGUCGCUUGCGACCAGGUCAUCGCUGCGCCAAUCACCAUUGGGGCUUUUUACACUGGUCUCUCUCUCCUGGAUGGUGAAAGCAACAUAUUUGGGAAGCUGCAGGAGAAGUUUUGGCCAACGUACAAGGCUGGUGUGCUGUGUUGGACCUUGUUCCAGGCAGUGAAUUUUGCUCUUGUGCCACCCCUGUUGCGCACAGCCUACGUGGGGGCCUGCUCCUUCCUUUGGACGGCAUUUCUCUGCUACCUGCGCCAAACUGAUGCCCACGACACCACCUCCCAGCUCUUCCAGGCGGUGCCAGGCUUGGCCGGGCUGUUUCCACCCAGGGCAGGAGAGAAUCAAGUAAAGCUGCCGUCUGAGAAGUGACCAAAGGGCCGUGCUGUGGUUUUCUCGGCACCCCAUCUCCAUUUCUAGUUCUUGGUCUCUGCAAACUUUGCCCAGGGAAUGGAGGGAGAUUUGUCUCCUUAUAUUAACCCCCUCACGCCCACCUGCUUCAAAACACAGCCUGCUCCUCAUGCUGCACCAGUAUAGGAACAUACAACUGCAAAUGUGAGAAGCAGGGCCUUUACAACAAUGGCCCCAAGGCUAAGGGAAUGCUUUUCCCCUUGAGGCCUUCAUGCCUUCUGAAAGACAUACCAUGAGCCAUCUUUUAGGGAUGCUGUAAAGAUUGCAGCAAGAUUAAGAGGAAGAGGAAUGCUUUGAACACUCUAAAACGCUUUAUAAAUUCUGGCUGCACCCUGGACAAACACUGGGCAGUUGAACAAAAGAUCAUUAUUCCCCUAUCUCUUUCCCCUCUCUUUCCCCCCAACCACAUAAUGUCUACAACGUCAACAGUGUCUCGUACCAAAUGUAAACAAACUGCAAAAAAGAAUAUAUGAACUGAAAGUAGAGACGCUGUAUGUAUUUUCUUCCUUGUUUUGUUACGCAAGAAAAUCUUCAGUAAGAACAAACUUAAAACAACUGA